CAACCCUGCUCUUUUUCUUUUGGACGUAGAACCACAUGUCUGGUAACCGAGAUUUUGAUUUUCUUUUCGGCGGUAUAAUGCUCCAAUUAAUUGAUUAAUUUCGGUUAAUUGACAACUCCAGUGAACGGCUAAAGAUCAGUGCUACCAGAAACGAGUCAAGUGUGUGUGCAAUCGCAUAAAAAUCGCGAUAAAUAAUAUUCGUAACGUUCUGCCCACCAGCGCGUGAGUGAGUGCGAGCGAGAGAGUACGAAAGUGUGUGUGCGAGGAAACCCGCAAAAGCAAAAGCAAAGCAACAAUAACAACACACGUACGCACACACACGCACGCGAGGAGCAGGAGCGGAAAGUGCGUAGUGAACAUACGUAAAAAGAGAGAACAGAAUUUGUGCGUAAAUUCUGGUUUUCAUAUCAUUAUCUGUUUGGAAGCCGAUCUCUGGCCCAACCGCAUCCCGUUGAGAAGGCACGGAAGCAGCCAAGAGUUUCCCCGACCCGACAACGAGGAUCAGCCGCUGACGAAGCCGGAGCAGGAGCAGCAGGAGAUCUGCUGCCCACUCUGGAGAGGGGGAGAAACCGCAGUCAAACAACCGGCAGAGGAGUAGCAGCCACCACUGAGGAGCAUGUCCAGCAAGGAGGAGACGCCGUCGUCCACGGGAGGAGGAGCAGCUCCCGUGGCCACCGUCGCCACUUCGAGCAGUGCCGCCACCACGUCGUACGCCAAUGUGGUGCAGAAUCUGGACACCAAGAAGGGUGGCAACAACACCACCGCCGUGGACAACAACAAAGAGAACCAGCCCAAUUUAAAGAGCUUCAAGUCGUGGAGCGAGGAGACCGCCGCCGCCGAGGCAGCCGCCGUGGAGACCCCUUUAGCCAGCAGCAGCGUUGGCUUGGCCCAAACGGGGGAGAAACGUGCAGCCGCCUCGGGCGGCGAUAACACCGCCGAGAACUCUUCGGAACUGGACGAUAACAACGACUUUGUGCCCGUACUAUCUCACCAUCGACGCGACCGCAAAAAGGCGCGCAAGGAGAAGCCACGCGACCAACAGCCGCAGCCAACCGGAGGCCGUGGCGAUGGUCAGAAAUCCCAGCAGGCUGGUGGCCGACGUGUCCCCGGAUCCUCGGAUUCCGAUCGCAAGCAAUCAGUGAGGCCCCGUGCUCCGCGCGGCGGUAGUCCCCGCAAAUCUGCAAAUCCGGGAUCUGCAGCUGGAGCUGCCGGAUCCAAUGCCGGAGCAGCUGCGGCGGCUGCCCCAGGCGGGCCGAAGGUACACAAGGACCGCAAGGACACCUCGCCGAGUGCCAGCAUCGAGGGAGCAGGAAGCAGCGGCAACGAGGCCAAGUCCGGCGACGGGGAUCAGCAAUCGGGGGAGAAAGGUGCAGCUGGAGCGGCUCCGCCUCCCAAGCGAUUCAUUGCCGCACCACCGCCAAAGGUCAACGCCUGGAAGAUAUCGGCUAAACAAUCCGGCAGUCCAAAGGCAGGAACUUCUCCAUUGGACAAACGUGUUUUGCAGCCCAAGGCACAGCAGCAACAACAAACUAAGCAGACUGCCAGCAAUAACAAUAACUCACAGAACACCGCCAGCAACAAAAAGACACAACAACAACAACAGCAGCAACCUCAACAGGGAGCAGCACCAGCAACAGCAACAACAUCGACACCACAGACAACAACAGCAGCAGCAAGCACAGCAGCGGCAACAGCAACAACAACAACAUCAACACCAACCGCAGCAGCAACAACAUCAGUGGUAGCAGCAGCAACAACUGAAACAGCAACAACAACAACUGUUGAUGCCAGUCAGGCAGAUGUGCUUGCCAAAGUUGUGGUAAAGGACAAAAAGAAGGUCAAUCAAAAGGCCAGCGACUUUAGCAACGUUGGUGACUGGCCGACGCUAAUUGGCGGAAUUUCUAGCAGUGGCAAAGCCACCAGCAACGAACCCAAGCGCAACCCAACGAAAAAACAGCAGCCAGCCAAAACAGCAGCCGCAGUAGCAGCAGCUAGCAGCAGCAAUACCACUUCAAGUGAAGUUGCCACAACAGAGUCUAACGUCGCACCCACCAGCAGCAGCAACAGCAACGGCAGCAGCAAUCCCAAUCCCAGUAGCAACACCACCAGCAGCAGCAGCAACAAUAGCAACAGCCAGGCCACAACAACUGCACCUGUUGCCAGCACGAGUCAUGAUGCGAAAGCAGCCCAGCGAGACGCUGAGCCAGCUUCUGGCACCUCUGCCGGGCCUGCCCUCACCAAGAAGCUACCCAAGCACAAGUGGCGUCCGCUGCCCAUCGAUCUGGCUAAGUCCAGUCGCCCCAAGCCGAUUGGCGGCCGGCCAAAUCGCCGGCUCAGCGAUGAUGGCGUCGAUCAGCGCCGUCCGCCGCGCGUCUACCAUGACCGCCAGCCAGGUGCUGGAGGAGCGGCAGGAGGCGAGUCCUCGCGGCACCCGCACGCUGGCCGGCAUCCGUACGGCGCACCACGCUCAGCGACUGCUGCGUCCGAGCGAGUGGAUUCCUGGCGUAGCAGCAGCAGCACCAACGCCGCCGCAGCGCUCGAUGAGCAGCGCUCUGGAGCAGCGGGUAGUGCCGGGUCAGCAGCAGCAUCAGCAGCCGCAGCGGGAGCUGGAUCAGCAACGCGCGGGCCGCGUCGCUACCGGACGCCGUACCGCGGCGGCAGGCAAGGCCGGGGCGGAUUCUCCCGACAGGGACCAGGUCGCCCGACUCAUCGCAUACCACGCCAUUUGCUAGCUUCGGGCGAGUAUGCCAGUUAUUUGCCGGCAGACGCCGCCGGCGCCGACUCCUCGCAGUCGUCGUAUGUGCUCAUGGGCACCCAUUACUUUGGCAACGUGCCCGCCGCCGCCUACAUUGAAAUGGACGCCGCCAGCGUCAAGGAGGCCAUCAAGAAGCAAGUUGAAUACUAUUUCAGCGCCGACAAUCUUACCGGCGACUUCUUUUUGCGCCGGAAAAUGGACCCCGAGGGCUAUAUCCCAGUCACCCUGAUCGCCUCGUUCCAUCGCGUUCUCGCACUGACCACCGACGUGUCUUUGAUUGUGAACGCCAUCAAGGAAUCGGAUAAACUGGAGCUCUUGGAGGGCUACAAGGUCCGCACCAAGACGACACCGACCGCUUGGCCCAUCACCGAUGUGCCGGAGGCUCAGGAAGGGGAUCUUAAGGCUGCCCCCGCCGCUCAGCUGUUGCAGGAUCCAGCAUCGGAGAAGCAGCAGCAGCAGCAGGAGGGUGAGGGUGAGGAGAAACUGGAGGAGCAGCAGACUGAGGUGGUCGGUUCGCCGUCGCCCAUUCUCACAUCGGCGAUGGCCACGAAGCCGCUGAGCAGAAUUCCGCCGCCGCCGGUGCCACGCAAGUCGCAGAAUCAGGUGCCCAAAAUGCUGCAGGAUAAGCAGCAGCGAUCCUCGACCAUUGCGGCCCUCAACUCGGUGAACGCGAUCAGUGCGCUGACCCAGCAGGUGGAGGGUGGUGCGGCCGAGCUGGCUGGACAUUUGAGUGGACUGGCGGAGAGUGUGAAGCCCAAGUCCACAUCGACGCCGGACAAGAGGACUGCCGCUGCUGCUGCAGCGGGCAAGGGAGGAGCUGGGGCAGCAGCUGCUUUGGUGGCGGAGCCGGAGGGCAUGUGGAAAGAGGUAAAGAGACGCUCCAAAACAAAUGCUAUCAAAGAAAACGCUACUACACCACCACAACAACAACAACAACAGCCACCGCUUUCACAAACGCUCAAAAACAACAAUAAUAACGAUAAUGUCAAAACGAACAACACCUCGUCCUCGUCCACGUCCAAGUCCACGUCCAACAACGCCCCAUCCAACGCCUCAUCAUCAGCCACUGUGUGUGUAACCACCAAAAAUGCUUCCUCAGCCACCAAAGCAACCACCAAUGCCACCAAAACCACCACAAAUACCACCUCCACCGCCACCGCCACAACCACCACGAACAAUAACAACAUAAAGUCUAGCAAUGCUGCUGCUUACUCCAAAACCCACUCCAAAUCCUCAUCCAAAACAGCUGCUCCGCCAUCCGCUCAGUGCCAUGCCGAAAAGGAAGAACUAGACUUCCAGUUUGACGAGGAGCUAAUGGACCCCCUACCCCCCGGAACCGGACGCAUCAACAACUUCACCGAGAACUUCUCCGACGACGACGAAUCUGACUACGAGUUUGCCGACCGCGACAUCAACAAGCUGCUUAUUGUGGCCCAAGUGGGUCGGGCACCCAAACACGAGGGCUACGAUCGCACCGCCGACUUUACAUCGCGCACGAAAAUAACCCAGGACCUGGAGAACAUCAUCAACGACGGGCUGGUUAACUACGAGGAGGAUCUGUGGACCACCACCAAUGUGGUGGCCGAUUACAAGACUGUCAAUGUGAUUUCCCAGGCGGACUUUGAAAAGCUGGCCGGUGGUCGAAACAAAUCGGUGGUGCCGCAACAGGUGGUGCCACCGCCGCCACCAUUUGAAGAGGAUCUCGAUGAAACGCUCGUGGGUGACACCACCCUCAACUCCACGCUGAACAACACUCUCAAGUCCCGACGUGCCCGCUUCUAUGCUGCUCCAAACUCACACUCAAUUGAUCCACGCACGCCAAGGAAGAGGAAACUUCGCCACACCGCCAAUCCGCCGGUGGAGGCUCACGUUGGCUGGCUGCUGGACACCGUGGAGCACCGACCACGCACCACCUCGAUGGGAUCGUCGGCGGGCACUUCGCCCACCACCUCAUCGUACGGAUCGUACGGCUCUUCGGUGCCCCAGUCGCUGCCCAUAUUCCAGCAUCCGUCGCAUGCGCUGCUCAAGGAGAACAACUUCACCCAACAGGCCUACCACAAGUACCAUUCGCGCUGCCUCAAGGAGCGCCGUCGUCUGGGCUUCGGCCAGUCGCAGGAGAUGAACACCCUGUACCGCUUCUGGUCGUUCUUCUUGCGCGAGAACUUCAACAAGAGCAUGUACAACGAGUUCCGCACCUUGGCGCUGGAGGAUGCCGGCAAUGGCUUCCGCUACGGCCUGGAGUGCCUCUUCCGGUUCUUCUCAUACGGCCUGGAGAAGAAGUUCCGGCCGAAUGUGUAUCAGGAUUUCCAGGACGAGACGAUGGCCGAUUAUGAAACAGGUCAACUGUACGGCCUCGAGAAGUUCUGGGCCUUCCUGAAGUACUACAAGAAUGGCGAGAAGUUGGAGGUGCAGCCCAAGCUGGCCGAGUACCUGAAGAGCUUCAAGAACAUUGAAGACUUCCGCGUGGUGGAGCCCGAGAUCAAUGAGAUGUUGCAGGGAGUGGGUAGCCUUAAUCCCGGCCGCCAGCUCAACCGGCAUCGCAGCGUGUCGGAAAGUGAUGGCACGGCCGUUAUCACGGCCGGCGGACGUCGCCUCAACACAACCAUCACCAAUCGCAGCGACUACGUGGGCAGGUUGCUGCAGCAACAGCAGCAACAUCAGCAGCAACAUCAACAGCAGCACCAGCAACACCACCAGCAGCAUCAGCAGGGUUACGGUGGCGGUUACAAUCAGAACCGCAGACGCACAGGCUCCUUUGGCAGCAGCACAGUGCGUAUUCGCAGCGGAUCCCUGGGCAACAAGCCGCAGGUGGCCAAUCGCAAUCAGGGAUCGCAGCACGAGUUGCGACGCGGCGGCAGCAAUUCAGGCCUGGCGCCACACAAGCGACAACAACAGCAGCAGCAACAACAGAAGCCCAAGCCAAACGCAGGAUCACAGACAAAUUCAGCACGUGCCACCACAUCAGCGGCAGCAGCAGUAGCAGCAGCAACAUCAUCGGCAGCAGCAGUAGCAGCAGCAACAUCAUCAGCGGCAGCAACGCCAGCGGUAACGGUAGCAAGCUCGUCUUCGUCGCAGAAGUAGUUACUCGAUAAUGCAGAAACACGCUGUUUGGAUUAGGCUUAAGUUAAUAUCUACGACUUAGUUUUCAUGGAAGCACUCACAUUUGAUUGCUCGCCACACUCUUCUUUUGUUUAUUCAUUCUUAUUAUUCUUUUGUAGUAUUCGAGUGAAGCGUAAAAUGGGAACAGUCGUUAGCGUUUAGCAUAAUUAAGUGAAAUUUUUGAAAUUUGUUUAUUGCAAUUUGCGUAGCGCGCGCUUUGGUUUAGUAGUUACGAUUCUAAUUGUUUGUUUCUCGCAUACCCUCGACAAAAAACACUGAUAAAUGGUUGCUUACGAAAUGCUCAAUGCUCCCACACACACCAAUUACACACAGCGGGGUCUGUCUGCUUUGUACCAGUGCCAACCAGCCAUGAUCUUUGAAAGUUAAUGAAGCGAUUGCCCUUAAAUUUUUUUUCUGUUGAUUAUUACCCUUAUUUUUUACUGCAAAACAAAAAUCAAGGCAAAUUUUCCUACUUAGAGCAGCGUUGAUAGUUGACGUAAUGCCAUGAACUGUUGUACUAUACGAUUAAAGAUAAUAACCAUAACGAUAACGAUACAUAACCUAUGCAAAUAUUACAUAACGAAAACUGAAUACAAAUCAAACGAAAUUGAUACACAACAAAAACCAAAUGAUCUUAAUGCAAAUAAAUUUUGUAAAUUACAAAAGAAUAUAUAUAUAUAUAUAUACAUAUAUGCCGAUGCCUAUAUAUGCGAAGGUAGAGCGAAGCCAGAAUACGCGUAUAUAUGAAUAUGAUUACUAACUAUUAUUAUGAUUAUUAUUUUUUGUGUGUGACCUAAGCGCAAAUGUUAAAUGUAAUUGUUUAAGAGGCAGCGAGAACUUGUAAUCCCUAAAUCCUUAAAUUGAGGCAAGCGGGGCUCAAGUGCCAGCGAAUUUUAGUUAUUUAAGCAUUUACCACAAGCCAACCAGUCCAGCGCAAUCGCAAUCGCCAGCAGAAUAGGAAUAGGAAUCCGACUUCUUGGACUCGGGUCCACAGCUGCUUCCCUUGUCGCACUGCACUGCCCCCCAGUCUAUAUCGAUCCGAUCUAUCGAGUUGGUUAAAUAGUUCCCCCCCCCCAAAAAAAAAAAAAAUAAAAAACCUCAAAACUUCGUACCCCGCCAAGCAUUUAGAAGCAUGUCAAAAACCAUUUAUUUUAAACCUUUAGUUUUUGCACUUGUUAAUUUUUAAUUCGAGAAUUACGACUAUAAAAAAAAACUAGAAAAAAAUCAAAAAAAAAAUUUAAAAUCACACAAAAAAUUGUCAAGUCCAAAAAAAGUUUAAAACUUUAUAAAAAACAAAAGGCAAAUCAUGCAAACGAAAAAAAAGCAUUAAGAGAUAAUGAAGUUUGUUUCGCAUAGUGAAUAGAGCUAAAUUUAAAACAUAUGUGAGAAAUCAAAUCUAAGCUUAAUACGGAUAAUAACUAUAUAUAUCUGCAUAUAUCCAAACACACAUAUAGAGAGACUUUAAUGCGUGACUGCAAUUUGAACAUACUAUAACUAAAUAAGGGGCGAACGGUGAAGUUGUCCGAUGCCGCCUGAAGUCGAGCAGUUUGCAAAACUCUCUCAAGGUCCUUCAGCUCCUCGAUUUUGCUUCGCUCAUCUAGCCUAAGCAAGCAUACACAACUCACAAAACACACACCACAAACACAGAAACAAAAACAAACACGUUAAGUGCAAAGAACGUUUCAUUAAAUAUUAUUUUGUAAUCAUUAUUAGAUAUCUGUAAAUAUAUUUCCCUGCUUCUCUUUUUUAAAA